CUGUUUAGAGUCUAUUUGGGAUCAUGAGGACCCGGCUGAGCAUUCGCAUACUGGCCCUAGGACUGCUGCUCUGGCAACUGCAGGCCACCGCGGUGCGGGCCCAGAAGUACUACAUGAAUUUUGCGUUCAACAACAACAAUCCCAACGAUGGAUCGAGCGGGUCGGAAACCACGCCAUCUGGCAGCAAUAGCGGGCAGACCAGUCCUGAUCCGGGCAGUGGUGAAAACGGUGGUGCCGGUGGCAGCACUGACAAUAAUAGCGGCAAUACCGCCAAUACUGACGCUGUUGACAAUAAUGGCAGCGGUACUGGCGGUGGUGGCGGUGGCGGCGAAGGAUCCAAUCAAGGUGUGGAUGGUGGUAAUGGCAGCGGUAACAAAUCUGGCAAAGAAAAGAGUAAAGAGGAUGGACAACGAUUCUUGGAUGAAGAUGACGACGACAGUGAUAGCCACGAUACGCCGGAUCGACGCGCCAAACAGCUGCAGGCGGCAGAAAAUCAAAACAGGCCGGCCAACGAUCACAGCCAUCACAGCAGCUAUGAGAUCAGCAUCGAUGAUAGCUUCGGCGGCCGAUAUGUUCGCUCCAUAUACGAGAGCUCCGAGAGUCAUGGCCACUCAGGCAGCAACCCGCGCUCGGGAUCUCAGCAAAAUAAAGCGGAUAGUUCCGGCAGCAAUUUAAAGGAAACGGGAGGUAAAGAAAGGAUGUAUAAUGACGACGACUACGAGGAAUUCAUCGAGCGCUAGGGCUUACUGGUCUAGAUCCUCAAACGGGAAUCCACAGCCCAAUGACUUUACAAUUAAUGAAUUUUUGCCCAUUAAAAAUUGUAUAAUUAAUAAAGGAAUUGUCUUAAAA